GAACAUGCUUUUCGUCUUUUGUAUUUUUUAUCCUAAACCAUUUUAUUACUCUUCGUCUUCUUUUCUUUGCUAGCAGGCUCCAUAUUCUUUAACUUUAUUAUAACUAGUGACUUGAGUCGAUGUUCAGUGUCAAUAUGAUCUGCUUUUGUGUUUUUUUUUUGUUUCUAUGUGGCAGGUUCCUUAUUUCACCACUUUGUUUGUACCUGGAGCCAUGCUUGUGAUGCCAUCAGUGUGUGGUAUUGCCUCAAGACAAGUCGGACCCGGUGAACAGGGGAAAGUGCAAGGAUGCAUAUCUGGAGUGAAGUCCUUUGGGAAAGUCGUGGCACCAUUUGUUUUCAGUCCAUUGACAGCGUUGUUCCUCUCGAACAAUGCACCCUUCUAUUUUCCUGGAUUCAGUCUUUUAUGCAUUUCCUUGUCGUCGAUGAUCGGUUUCUUUCAGAGCCUAAUGAUAAAAGAUGUUCCACCGUCACAAUUGAACAAAGAAAUCAACAGCACCUCGAGGGAAGAAGUGUGAUUACAGGAACUUAUUAAAUAUACUAGAGUCGGUGUCCGCGCUCCGCGCGGAUUACAUAUUUAAUUAAAGUAUGUUAAUAUUUGCGUUAAUGGAUUUCUACGUGUUUUCCUGGGAUUAAAACAAUGGUGUAGAGGUGCCGCAUGUUUGUAUAGAAAACGAUCAUCAUCUAAGAAUCUUCAUCACAAAAAUGUUUUUUUUUUUGCCAAAGUAUUUAAUUAUUCCUAUAUGUGUCUUCUAGGGGUGAAUGACGAAUCUGUUGAUACAGUUGGGAGCAUGAUUUUUUUAUUAAGAACUAAUUGUGGUUUUUUUCAUAAUUUGUAUUUUUAAAUAAAAAACAUAUUUUACUAAUAAUGUUUAUAUUUGUUUUAUUAGAGUUUUGUAACUAUAAAAUGAACAAAAAUAUCUUUAUUUAGUACUUAUAUAAAAUUAUAUAGAGAUAGAUUAUUAAUUUAUGAUUCUGAUGGGACUAUAUAUUAAUUUGGAACAAAUAUUAAGCAACUCAAUUAGAUUCUUGCAAACCAGGAGAAAAGGAGUGGUCGGUCAUGUCGUCUGUAUUUUUACCUUUUUCCAAGUUUUUAAAACGUUUCGUAGCAAUAAACAAAAAUCAAAACGUAGCAUUGUAUUUAUAUAUUUGGAAUCUUAUCAGAUAAGAUGUAACUUUUCUUUUUUUUGUGCACUUCAAAUUUAAUAAGAUGUAAAUAGUCAAAAAUAUAAAAAUAAAUAUAUAUAUAUAUAUAUAUAUAUAAAACAUAAUUUGUAUUUUAUAAUUGUUUUAUUAAAGAUUUGGAUUAAAGUAUUAAAUUAAUAUAUCAAUACUAAUAAUGUUUUUGAUUCAAAAAUGCACUUGUAAAUUCAAAAUACCUCCCAUAAGCGGAAGAUCUUUGGCGGUUGGUUUGACCAUGGUAUUGAGGAACAAUCAAUCCUUAAACAAAGGAAAGAAUAUUUAAAUGUUAGGCAAAGUGAAAUGGUUUGAUAAUAAAACAUAGUGAAAAAGGUCUCAAUGGAUAAAA